AUGUUUCUUCACUCCGUCAACCUCAGCAACCUGGCGUUUUAUGCCUUCAUGAUCUUCAUGGCCACCCUAGGGCUGUGGGACGUCUUCUUCGGCUUCGAGGAGAACAAGUGCAGUAUGAGCUACAUGUUUGAGUACCCGGAGUAUCAGAAAAUAGAACUUCCAAAGAAGCUGGCAAAACGCUAUCCUGCGUAUGAAUUGUAUCUUUAUGGAGAAGGAUCCUAUGCUGAAGAAGACAAAAUUCUCCCUUUAACUGGUAUUCCAGUUCUCUUUCUUCCUGGUAAUGCUGGAAGUUAUAAACAAGUUCGUUCUAUUGGCUCUAUUGCACUGAGAAAAGCAGAAGACAUUGACUUCAAGUACCACUUUGACUUCUUUAGUGUGAAUUUCAAUGAAGAACUGGUGGCACUAUAUGGUGGAAGUCUUCAGAAGCAGACCAAGUUUGUACAUGAAUGCAUUAAAACAAUCCUCAAACUCUAUAAGGGUCAAGAAUUUGCUCCAAAAAGUGUGGCAAUAAUUGGUCAUUCUAUGGGUGGCCUUGUUGCAAGGGCAUUGCUUACACUGAAAAAUUUUAAACAAGACCUGAUAAAUCUUCUUAUUACACAAGCCACCCCUCAUGUUGCUCCUGUGAUGCCUUUAGAUCGUUUUAUUACAGAUUUUUAUAUGACCGUGAACAACUAUUGGAUUUUGAAUGCUAGACACAUAAAUUUAACCAUGCUUUCUGUAGCUGGAGGAUUCCGGGAUUACCAAGUUCGUUCAGGACUGACUUUUCUGCCAAAACUAAGCCAUCAUACCAGUGCCUUAUCUGUUGUGAGUUCAGCAGUGCCUAAGACCUGGGUCUCAACAGACCACCUCUCCAUUGUGUGGUGUAAACAAUUGCAAUUGACUACAAUUCGAGCAUUCUUUGAUCUUAUUGAUGCUGACACUAAACAAAUAACUCAAAAUCCCAAGAAGAAAUUGUCGGUUUUGAAUCACCACUUUAUAAGACACCCAGCAAAACACUUUGAGGAAAAGCCAGCAAUAAUUUCUGACUUAACAGUGACAUCUCUGUGGGUUCCAGUGAAAGUGUCAAAGUGGACCUAUAUGGCUUACAAUGAAUCUGAUAAAAUAUAUUUUACAUUUCCUCUUGCAAAUCAUAGAAAAAUCCACACUCAUGCCUAUUGUCAGAGCACCAUGCUGGAUACAAAUAGUUGGAUUUUUGGCUGCAUAAACAGCACUUCUAUGUGCCAGCAAGGGGUUGAUUUAUCAUGGAAAGCUGAACUGCUGCCAACAAUUAAGUCUCUGACAUUAAGACUUCAAGACUACCCAUCUUUGUCUCAUCUUGUUGUUUAUGUACCAUCUGUUCAUGGAAGUAAGUUUGUUGUAGAUUGUGAAUUCUUUAAAAGAGAGGCAAGAUCCAUACAGCUUCCUGUAACUCAUCUUUUUUCAUUUGGAUUAUCUUCAAGGAAAGUGAAAUUAAAUACAAGCGGCCUAUUCUAUAAUAUAGAGCUUCUGAACUUUGGACAGAUAUACCAAGCUUUUAAAGUCAACAUAGUAAGCAGGUGCUCAGGAGUCAAAGAAGAAAUAACUAGUAUCUAUAAACUUCAUAUUCCCUGGUCUUAUGAAGAUUCACUAACCAUUGCACAGGUUCCAUCUUCAACAGAAAUGUCUCUGAAACUCCAUGUUGCUCAACCAGAAAAUGACAGCCAUGUAGCAUUAUUAAAAAUGUACACAUCAUCAGACUGUCAGUAUGAGGUGACAAUUAAGACUUCCUUUCCACAAAUACUUGGACAGGUAGUUAGAUUUCAUGGUGGAGCUCUUCCUGCUUAUGUUGUAUCUAGCAUCCUUCUUGCUUAUGGAGGACAGUUAUAUUCUCUUUUCUCAGCAGGUCAUUGCUUAGAAUAUGCCACUAUGUUGGAUAAAGAAGCCAAACCAUACAAAGUUGAUCCUUUUGUAAUUAUGACUAAGUUUCUGUUGGGGUAUAAGUGGUUUAAAGAAAUAUGGGAUGUUUUAUUAUUACCAGAAUUAGAUGUCAUCGUCUUGACUAGUCAGAGUAUGUGUUUCCCCCUUGUAUCCUUGAUUCUCUUUCUGUUUGGAACAUGUACUGCCUACUGGGGUGGCCUACUCUCUUCUGCAUUUGUGAGACUCCUCUCUUCAUUGUGGCUAGUUUUGAAAAGGCCCUCUGAACUUCCUAAAGAUAUCAAGACAGUACCAUCAGACUUGCCUUUUUUGACCAUUGUUUUGAUUGUAAUUAGUUGGACAACUUGUGGAGCAUUUGCCAUACUUCUUACUUAUCUUUACUAUGUGUUUAAGAUUGUUCAUCUGCAAGCCAGUCUAACAAAUUUUAAAAAUAGCCAAACUGUGAAUCCGAAACACUCUCGAAGAGGUGAAAAGAAAUCCAAUCAGCAUAAAGACUCUGCAGCACACCCGCUUCGUUUAUCUGCCAGUGAUGCUGAAGAUAGUCUCCGCAUGCACAGCACUGUGAUCAACCUGCUAGCCUGGAUUGUACUGCUCAGCAUGCCAUCUUUAAUUUACUGGUUAAAGAAUCUUAGGUAUUACUUUAAACUUAAUCCUGAUCCAUGUAAACCUCUGGCAUUUAUCCUUAUUCCAACUAUGGCAAUUCUUGGAAAUACUUACAAUGUUUCAAUAAAAUCAAGUAAAUUGUUGAAGACUACUUCACAAUUUCCACUUCCUCUGGCUGUUGGUGUGAUUGCUUUUGGGUCCACACACUUAUACAGGGUUCCAUGCUUUGUCUUCAUUCCUCUUUUACUCCACGCAUUAUGCAACUUUAUGUAAGGUUGGAUUUAAGGAAUGAUAAUGUUGAUUUUUGCCAUUAGGGUCAGUCAUAAGAGGGACUGCACAGAUUGUCAAUGUGGACAAGAUCCUUUGGAGAAGACACGUCUAUUUUUACAAUAUUGAAAAUAGGAAAUUAGUUUUGUAAUGCUUGAAGAGAGUAGUUGAAGCAUGAUUUUGUUUUGUGGUGUGGCAUCUGUGUACUAGUCUUUUUUUUAAAAUUAGUUAAAAGAUGUGGAUGCGGUCUUUGAGAACUCUGCGUAUCAGCUAGUCUGUUUGAUUGGCCAUCCUAGGGAUCUUCUAAACAGUAAAUGUAAAGCAUUUUUUGUAAUCUCACCUGAAGCAUUUUGCUCAUUUUAUCAAACUUUCUUCUGAAAAGUGGGUUACUUUGUAUUUGCAACAGUACAUAUAUUAUGAAAUAAGUUUUAAAAGAUUGAUGAAAUUCACAACUGUUUUGUUUCUUAAAAAGGAAGUGGCCACAAAGAGUCUUUUGUCAAUUUUAGGCAGCCAUGAUAAACAGAGUAGGUCUUUGGUUUUCUUACAUCUGUAAUAAUAUACCUUUUUAUUCUAAGGAAACAUGAUGUCUUAGUAACCAAUGAAACACUAUGGAUGGAAACAUAAAUCAAACUCAAAGCUUAAUGAAAUUUUCUUGUUACUUUUCAAAUACAAAUCUUAGUUUUAUUCUUGGUGAAUAUGAGGAAACUAUUAAAGAGAUCUAUUGUUAAUUUUAAAGAAAAUCCUUAUAGGUAUUUACUUACUGGAAUUGGAGCAGGUCAGUUAUUCAAUCAAUACCAUUUUACUUACCAGUUUAACCAUUGACCAUGGUUGCCAAAAGUGCCUCAGGUCAAGAUGGAUUAUUAAAGUAACUAAAUUCCAGUGGUCAGAAAAACACUCUAGGUUUGCACAGUUUUUUACUAUUGGGGGGAAAUUAGCAUCAUCAAGUUCAGUACCACAUUUGAUACAUAAAAUUAUAAUAUUAAUUAAUAAUAAACAAACUGUUCCCAUUAAUAGUGUAAGUAUAAACAGUAUACCUGAAUAAAUUAGAGGCUUUAGCCACUAGAUUUAACAGUGGAAUCUUAAUUUGCCAAGGUGAUUACUGUUUGACAGAUAAGAGAAUAAUAUUUCUCUUUCAUUUCAGAUUUCGGCUCACUUUUAGCUAGAAGAGUAGGAAGUAGGUAAUGGAGCUAGGUAUCUUUGCCUUAAGAAAGAAUAAACUCAGACUGAGGUAUACCUGGCUGAUAGGGCCCUUCCUUUAGAUGUAUAUGCUGUGAAUACCUAAAACCUCUCAAGUCCUUAAGUCUCAGUAAUUCCCGUGUUACACCUGUGAACUUGUUUCUUCCUAGUGCCCAGGAAUGUCCUAGAGUACCAGGUUUAUUUUACCUGCCAUCGCGUCUGGAUUCCCUUACAAACUCUCAGCUGUUACUGCCUAUGGAGGGCUAUCCCCACAUUACUGCCUAUACAGGGUUACUCUGCUUCUUUUCUCAGUUGUUCCUCAGGUCCUUGCUCUUCUGAUGUCAGUUAAAGAGGGUCUUGCUGUCAUUUCUGAGGCUUGUAAGUUUGUUUGAUUUCAUUGUUGUCUUUCCCGACUUCAUGCCUGUUGUUAAGAAAUCAUAUUUUCACUUACUGAUUCCAUUAAAGGGAAGUGAUAACCUCAUAGCAGACAUGGCAGGCAUACCAGGCUCUUAUUUAAGAGAAGUAGCAAAAGGGAUAAAAUACAAACAGCGUGUGUGUGCAGUACCUCAAAGGAAAGAGGAUUUAAUAGGUUACACACUUGUCCCAUGGCCUACCACGUGUGUAUUUCAAUAAGGACACGUCUGCCCGUGUUUAGCUUUAUGUAUUCUCAUAAACAGCUUUUAUACACAUGGUAUCUUUUAUUUUUUCAUGGAUUAAUUGUACUUCAAAUUACAGAUUGAAUGUGUUAUUUAACUAUUUCUUAACUUGAACUUAGGUUAAUAUACAGGAAGAACUUUAGAAAAUUCAUGAAUUUGAAUCCUCUGUUGACAGCCAUAAUCAUUGUGUUUAUGGGAUCUGAAGUCUCCUUGUUCGGUCAGUACUGCUCAUGAAGAAAAUGUAACAAGCUUAAAUUUCUCAUUUGUGAGUAGUACGUUAGCUUUUCCAAGCAGCAGACUACACACACUGAUUCUCACUAAAAUAUUUUCAUGUAAGUGUAGUUAUCAAGUCCUAAAGUCUUAUUUAUUCCAACAAAAUAUUUCAUUUUAGAACUCCAGAAAGGAUUCUAGUUAAACAUUUUAGAAACAACAGUUGGUUGGGCCUUUGACCAUUAUAUACAUAAAUAUACACACAUUUUUUUUUUUUACAUUUUGCUACAGGGUCUUCACCAAGCCUUGAUGCACUUUAAACCCAAAUAACUACCAGCAAUGAGAAGGUAGGCCCUGAAGAUUAGCAAAAUUGAUGUUUCUGUCACUUGAGUAAAGGAAAGUGCUGUUUUGUUUAGAUUACACAGUAUUUCUGUCAUGCUUAACCUAUAUUAUUGGCUGGUCAAACAGCACAGCUUUAUUAGUGAUGCUACUAAAAAUUAAAUUGUUUAUUGGUAGUUAGGGCUUAUCUAGAUCAACAAACUUCUGAGCUCUAAUGUUACAUUUUUUUUUAGAACUUGUUGCGUUUUGAGUAAGUUUUUGCUUAUAAGAAUUACUCCUGGGCCCUAUUGUUGAUAACUGGAUCAAAUAUAGACUGGGCAGGAAACACACUGAGUACUUGGUGUUUCUAAAGCCUCCUCUGGAGGUACUGCUCUACCAUUUAGAACUGACAACACAAUAGAAAUCAUUAAAGCUCUUUCUGGAUCUCUUUUGUGCCAGAAAUUAAACAGGUUCUGCUAACUCUUUUCUUGUUUGUUACCAGAAUGAAAAUUUUUAAAUAGUGGUCCUAAAAAUGCCAUUUGUGCCUGGUUAACAUUGACUUUUUUAGUCUUUUCAAUAUACAUCAAUCAUGUAUCAAUCAAUCUUUUGUUUCAUAUUUGGUCAGAUAAAUUUAGAUAUAUAUAAUGGAAACCUUUUCUUGAUUGAACUACACUAUGAUAUCUACAUGAUUAGACAGUAAGGAAAAAGAACUAUAGUAGGCCUAGAAAAUAUGUUGUUGAUUAUCUUAUCACUCAUGCAGACCGUACACAUUUCCAACACACACACAUACUUAUAGGAGGCAUAUUAUCUCGUGUUUAUUAUCUAGUUCCUAUACUUUUCUUAACUCUUCAGAAUUUCCACUUACAGGGUAGUUCGUUUAUUUCACCACACUGCUCGUUAGCACUUCUUACAGAAGGUGGUCAAAAGAAAUAAAAGGAGGUUUUAACUGUUUUCAGUUUAGUUCCUGAAAGCUCUGGGGAAAAUGGGGGAAACACAGAGAUUAUGAGACAAACUAGAGCCGUUGAUUCUUGAAUCCCCAGAUAAUAAAAUUGGCCUAUAUUUUCAUGUUAGGCAUCGUGUCUAAAUUAGUGUACUGUCUUGCUUUAUUUUAAGGUUUAGUGCAAAAACUUUACAGUGCUGUAUUUGCAAUUUUUGUAAAUUAAAAUCAUUUGGGAAAAAUUUUUAAAAUGUGUUGGGAUCAUCUAUGGCUAGGCAUUUGUUGAUUACCUUUCAUCAUCAGUCUUUGUUUUCUCAGUGUUUUAGAUUUGUGAACUUGUAUACCAUAGGGAACAAUAUACCUUUUGAAGUUUUGUGGAGGAAGUCCAUUUGGGGAGCAUAGCACUCCCCAGGAUAAAAGAAGCAACAAAAGUAUCUUUGUAUUAUGAAAUUAGACCCUGACAGAAAACUUUGUUGCCAUAUAAGGUAAAUACAUGUAGAAUAUAAUUUUACAGAAUAUUAAGACGAUUGGUUGCUAAAUUUCAUCCCAGUCUUUUUGAAUAAAGGACAUUUCAAAUUCUUGAAUGAACAUUUGUUUAUACAUACUACUCAUGCAUUCUUUAACAACCUGAGGAAAUAGUCUAUGAGGCUACUCAUGUUCUUUCUUGUUAAUAAGGGUGAUAGGGAAGAAAAGUGGGUCAGAAACCCAGAUCUGAAUAUCUGUACCAUAAAUGCUCAAGAAUUCACUUUUUUUGAUAAUAUAUUAUGAAUACAGACGACUGAAUUUUGUAUAUUAAUAACUUAGUUCUAAGAACAAAAUAAUUUGCAAAUAGUGAGAAUAGACUGCUAUUUCAUUAAUAGUAUCAUACAGGGGUGGGCAAAAGUAGGUUUACAGUUCAUAUGGAUAACAGUACAAGAUUAACUCGGUUUCACGUGCUCACACCUGUAAACCUUUUGCCUACCCCUGUAUAACGGUACAGCUGAAUGAGUAACAUACGUUUUUCAAAUGUUAGAUGAUACUCUAAGCUACACUCGAUUACAUUGUCAAUGACCGAAAAUUUUUAAAUUAAGUACAGUACUUACUAAAAGUGUUCAGCAUGUUUUGCUUCCAAAAAUGGCUGUUUCAAAAUACCAAGUAACCAGUUAAUUUCUGAUGACUUUGUAUAGUACUUAACUUAUAUGAGUCAGAAUUAUUCUGUACUGAUUCUGUACAUUGUAACUUCGAACACUUUAUGAGAAAAACUGUUGAUGUAUUUUGAUUAGUUAAGUGUAAAUUUGUUUGCAUAUUUGAAUCCUAAUCUUAGUUUAGGAAGUCUAAAAGUAGCCUUUUUUGUAAAGUUCAUAUGCUAUUUUUUUAAUGUUAUCUUGGUUUUUAGUAUUUGUAUAGUAGUAACAUUGAUUUAUAGACAAAGCAUAGAAAUAUUAACUGGUCAAAAGCCUGAAUGAUAGGCAUAUUUUGUAUUUCAUGUUUCACUUGUUUUGUUUCAUAUUGGACUUUUUACAUCCCUUUUUUAGGGAAAAAGAGGACACCUUUGAAUUUUUUUUAGCAUAAACCUCUACAUUGGAAAAUAUAACUGUAUUCAUAUGGUUAGCAAAAUACACUUUGCCACCAAAGCAAAUGAAAAUGUAAAAUACCUCCAGAUAUUUGUGCCAAUGAACUUUUCUUAGCAUAUUGGGAUUAAAAUAAAAAUAAUCUUUUCUGUAUUUUUCAUUUAGGACUUAUAUUAAAUAUGUAAAUCCUCAACACUUAUAUUCCAUAUGCAAAUUUGUUUUUGAAAAUAUAUAUAGUUGCAUUCUAUUUCAUCUGAUUUCUGGAAUAAUGUUCUCUGAUAUUGGGGGGUAAAAAUUAGUUUACCCAAUAAUGAUCUUUCAGUAAUUAAUUGAAGUAAUCAAUUGAAGUAGUCUCUCUUUACAUUCAUUCUGUGAUGUAAAACUUUAAAUUUUGUUGCACAGAUCAUUUUUAGUACAGGUGUCUCUCAUUUAUGUAAUGAAAGUUUACAGAGUUUGUUUUCUUUGUAUUUCCACUCACUCCCUUUGUUACAGUCACAUGUUUCACAGGAGAAAAGUACCCACUAGACCCUAGCAUAGUACAAUGAAAUAUUUUAUAAUGCAUAUCUUAAAGGAAAAUAUUAAAAACCAAGCUGUUAAUGCUAAAGUGUUAACAUUGGUACGGUGUUGUACUCUUGUGAGAAAAGUAGAAAUGUGAUAGACUCAAAAGCUGUUACAUUUAUCUAGUUAAAAUUCUUUAAUUUUUCCCCUAUACAAAUUCUCAAAGAGAAUUUUUGUCCCUCAUAUUACAGUAUUUUCCUUAAUUUAAUGUCACUUACUGUUUCUCUGCCUCAUAAUGUUGCUGCAGUUUGCAUAAGAAGCCUUGGUAGUAAAGAGGCAGCUGAGAAUUAUCUAAUAAUCUGAUGGGGACUGUGGGUAGUAGUAAAAAGAUGACGUACAAGACCUAAAAAUUAAGCAAACAUUGCUUUUUGGAAUGAGUUUGUCCUUUGUAUUGAAUAGUUUUAUCCUAAGUAGGAGAUGCCUAUAUUUAACACGACCAUGCUUUCUACAUCAUCAAAUGUGUAUUUGUCAGAAUGUUGAUAGAAGUAACCUUUUCCUCCACUGGGGAAGGGGGAAACUCCAAUUUUUAGUGUAUAUAAAUUAGGAAGUAGUAUUGUUUGUUUACAUUUUUCAAAAUACAAAAAUGACUUAAAUGUAUUAUUUUAAAGUGGUUGUAUUAUGGUUUCUUAAAUUUAG